CUGAGUCAUCUCUUCCUGCUUUCCCGGAAACGAAACACGUGUGAUUGGAUAGAGAAUCGACAUCAUCAUCAAGGUCGCUAUUUUUUCUGUUGCGAACGUUGUGAAUUAUGUAAUACGGGUUUGUUUACCAAGCAACUCGGAAAGCAGGAUGGGCAGAACUCGCCGAAGGCGGAACCAGAAAAAUAACAAAAGUGUGAUCCAAUGCUUAGAACAUGUCGAACUGUGUCGGUUACUGUGCAGAUUAGGUUGGAAUAACCAGGCGGAACUACGGAUUUGUGAUUUUCCAGAGACGGGAAAAGGAUUGUAUUCGAGAAGGCACAUUGCAAUCGGAGAUACUAUAGUCCGGCUGCCGUUUGAAGCUUUGAUAAGUCUGAAAAAUAUCGAGGAAGAUCAGAUAUUUAAGCAGUGCUUCGAUGAACAGGCUUUGCAGGAGCUCUCGAAAGGAGAAAUCCAGUUUCAGUCCAUGCUGGCAUACUAUUUAAGUUACUUGAGCUUGCAGGAGGUGGACGGGGGCUACAGAGCGUAUAUAUAUUCUCUGCCCAAAGAAUUUGCAGUACCGUACUUUUGUUCCAAACAGGAGAUGGCGUUUCUGCCUGAUACGGUUUUAAAAAAGAUGGUUGAUCAAAAUGAAUUGAUUAAGAAGAAUUAUGCAAAGCUGGAGAGCCUCGCACGAAAGGACGCCAAAACCGAUAUAAGCUUGGAACUAUUUAAAUGGGCUUACUUCGUCGUUAAUACUAGAAGCGUAUAUUUAGAUUCAAUAUAUGCCAAAGUGUUUAUCAAGGAUAAGAAGUGUAUGUUUGUAGAAAAGUUGUCGGAUGAACCAAACAUGGCAUUAGCUCCACUGCUAGAUUUCCUCAAUCACGAUAGUAGUGCCAAGACGACAUCCCAACUCUCUGUUCCUUAUAAAACAGUGGAAAGAAUGCUGGACAAGAAUCACCCGGUAGAGCUAUUCUACGAAUUGAUAAGCGAGGUACCAUUUCCUGCGUAUUCCCAGAUAUUCAUCAGCUAUGGAGUUCAUAAUAAUGCUAAGCUAUUAACCGAAUACGGUUUUUUCCUGCCUGACAAUCAACAAGAUUAUCUCGAAAUCAGCCUGGACGACAUCAAUGCUUUCAUCAAAUACGAUCCUGAGUUGAGGCCGUUGAAAAUCCACCGCGAAAAGUACUGCUUCAUUGCGGAGCAUCAUCUGGAAGAGCAACUGUUUUUCGUGCCAGGAGAUGUUUUGAGUCACAACUUAGCCGUUUGCCUUACAAUUCUAUUUGCCGAACAGAACAUCUAUCAGUUGCGAAUGAUUGCAUUCGGAGAAAUUCCGUCACUUGAUCCUAUUCGCGAAAUCGCAUCCCGCUUAAUCAAUUACAAACUGAAGGAAUAUCACACAUUCUGCAGUGGAUUGUCCAAACUGUCCGACCUCUCGCCUUCCGGACGGAUAUGUCACGCUUAUUUGGACGAAUGCAUAAAAUUUCUGAAUAAAAUUAGAGCGCAACUCUAAUACGACUGGUAACCUCGAUUUCG